AUGGUCCCGUAUAUUCUGUGUUUCAUUGUAAGUUUCAUUUGUCCAGUUCAGCUGUUUUGCUUCAAUGAAGCAUCAAUCACAGAAGAUGACCGUUAUCUGGAAAACAACUUAUUUGGCAUCAUUAAGGGAAGGGUGUCUGCUGCACGUGAGUGUGCCGUGGAAUGCUAUGCCCAUCUUGGCUGUUCCUCAUUUGGAUUCGAACCUAAUCUGCGCACCUGUCACCUUCACAAGAAAGACAGUUCAUCAGCACCAACCGAUCUGGUGACGAAACCACCGUGGAAACACAGCGAUAUUUCACACUGGCCGAAGGAACUCGUUGGCCCCUGCGCAGAUCACACGUGUCCGUCAGGGAGGCGAUGCAGUGUGCAUCGUGUGACUAAAUCCCCGCUGUGUUUAGAAGGUGAAAUCUAUCAACCAGAUGUCUGUUCUGACGAACCCAUUCCCAACGCAGUCUGUAGUUCUGAAUCCAAGCUGGCAGGGGGUGUGAGGUCAUGUAUCUGUCACACAAACUACAGAGAUGUAACGCUGGACGUCGUCAGUGUCAACAACACCUGCAUGGUUGAUGGCAGCUGGACUCCGCACGUGAUUAAUUGCACAGGUCCCUACGUCGGAAUGACCACACCUAAUAUCGGCACAUACACCUUCCAACAGAUAUCAACCAGCAACCUUCAAACUAUCACAGGCGGCACCUCCACCCUGGUAUUUCUAGUCAAGACGUGCUACGAUGCCAACUUUGCCCUACACACAAAUCCCAACAAGUAUGCUACUGCUAUGUAUGAGGUGUCAUUUGGUGGUCACGGUAACUCCAGGUCAUUUAUCAAUGGGUGCCUGCAGUGCGGUAACAAGGCUUCCCUCUAUGAAUCAUCUAUUGUAUCCUGCAACGAGUACAGACCAUUUUGGCUCAGCUGGAAGAAUGGCGUCAUCUCUGCAGGAAAGGGACUGGUUGCUGGGAGCGAUCAAUUCAUGGAAUGGACCCCAGCUAGUCCCAUUGUAAUAAAUCACGUUAGUAUCAGCACCUAUAGUAAUAAUCCAGGCACAUGGCUCUUCCUAGAGCAGUAG